AUGGCAUCCUCUGGCGGCAGGACCGGCGCCGGCGCCGGCUUCGGCGGCAGGCAGCUCUAUUAUUGUCACCAGUGCAGAAGUACGGUCUCGAUCAACCGCUCCCCGACCGCCGAUCUCGUCUGCCCCGACUGCAACGGCGAAUUCUUAGAGGAGUCCGAGAGCCCCGACGUCAGCCCCAUGCUCCCCCCCUUCUUCCCCUUCGAGAACUUCGGCAGCGGCGGCUCCGCCGGGUCGGGGUCGGGGUCGGGCGGCGGCAUGAGUUUCAGCUCCGGCGCCGGACUCCCCUGGGUCUUCACGUCCUCCUCCACCGCCGGCGGCGCCGCGGGCGGAGGGGCGGGGGGAUGGACGAUUUCUCGGCGCUCUUCGGGGGCGCCUCGCCUUCGGCGACGGCGGCGGCAACAGCAACAAUCCGGACGCGUUCAACCCCUCCUCUUCCUCAACAACUACUUCCAAACCUAA